AUGGCAGCUCAAACUACUGAGAAGUUGGAUCAGUUGGAUCGUAAGGAGUUUCCCCUUGGUGUUUUCAUCUCUACCGCUCAACGCCCAAGCCCCCCAGCCAACCAAACCCCCGCCGACGUCGAGGACGACUCGGACGACGCCCAAGAAGACACACCAGAGGGCGGUGCUGCUGGAGCCGACAAGAAGAAGAAGAAGAGGAAGCCCAAGAAGAAGAAGAAGGCUGGCGCCAAGGUCCAAAGCGAACCUCCCCGUGUUCCCGUUUCCAAUCUUUUCCCCAACGGCCAAUACCCCGAGGGCGAGAUCGUCGAAUACUUGAACGAAAAUGCCUACCGUACCACCAACGAAGAGAAGCGCUACCUUGAUCGCAUGAACAAUGACUUCCUGACGGAAUAUCGCCAGGGUGCCGAAGUUCACCGCCAAGUCCGCCAAUAUGCCCAAAAGAACAUCAAGCCCGGCCAGACCUUGACGGAAAUCGCGGAGGGUAUUGAGGAUUCAGUGCGCGCUCUGACCGGCCACUCCGGUCUGGAGGAGGGUGACAACCUCAAGGGUGGUAUGGGUUUCCCUUGCGGUCUGAGCAUUAACCACUGCGCGGCGCACUACACCCCGAACGCCGGAAACAAGAUGGUUCUGAACCAGGGAGAUGUUAUGAAGGUCGAUUUCGGUGCCCAGCUCAACGGUCGCAUCGUUGACAGUGCUUUCACCAUGUCCUUCGACCCUGUAUACGACCCCCUUUUGGCGGCUGUCAAGGACGCUACCAACACUGGUAUCCGGGAAGCUGGAAUUGACGUCCGCAUGAGCGAUAUUGGAGCAGCUAUCCAGGAAGCCAUGGAGAGCUACGAAGUUGAACUCAACGGCACCAUGCACCCCGUUAAGUGUAUCCGUAACUUGAACGGUCACAACAUUGAUCAGCACAUCAUCCACGGCGGAAAGAGUGUUCCAAUUGUCAAGGGCACCGAUCAGACCAAGAUGGAAGAAGGCGAGGUUUUCGCCAUUGAGACCUUCGGUAGUACCGGAAAGGGAUACGUGCGGGAGGAGAUGGAAACCUCACACUAUGCUCUCAACCCCGAGGCCCCCAACGUUCCCCUCCGUCUUUCUUCCGCCAAGAACUUGUUGAAUGUCAUCAACAAGAACUUCGGCACCCUUCCCUUCUGUCGCCGUUACCUUGAUCGUCUCGGCCAGGACAAGUACCUUUUGGGCCUGAACAACCUGGUCUCAUCUGGCAUUGUCAAUGAUUACCCCCCUCUUUGCGAUAUCAAGGGCUCAUACACCGCCCAAUACGAACAUACCAUUGUGUUGCGCCCGAAUGUUAAGGAAGUCAUCAGCCGCGGCGACGACUACUGA